AUGGUUUCAAACAAUGCUGUUCCGAUGAAGUUAAAAAGUUCUGACAGAAGAUAUGUAGUUGUCAGAACGUCAGAAGCUCAUAUGCAAGAUACAGAAUAUUUUGACGACUUAGCAGAAACUUUGACAUUUGACUUUUACAACCACUUGUUCUCAUAUUUCAUGACAUUAGAUAUUUCUAAGUUCAAUCCAAGACAAAUUCCACAUACCGAAGAGAGACAAACAUUGUUAGAAGCAAACAAGAGUGUAUAUGAACUGUUCAUAGAUGAAACUGACUUUGUGUCAUUAGAUGAAAAGUCUUUAUAUGAUGAAUAUAAACAAUAUUGUCAAGAAUAUGGUUAUAUGGCAGCUUCUAAACGUACAUUCUUGGCAAAUGUCAAAAGUCUUUUAGACAUACAGAAUGGUGUAUAUACAAAGAAAAAAUUUUCUGAGUAA